AUGUCCGGAUACAGCAUCAACACAUACUACGCGCAGUAUCAAUGUUACCCACCUCAACCGUACCAGAUCAUUCCAGACUACUACGUGCAACCUGUCAAUGUUGCACCGACUGCUGGAUACCAACAGCCAGUAGCUACAAACUUCACCCGCCUCGCAGACCUGCAACGCCACCAAUCCACCGUCCACGGCGUAGGCACCCCAGAGUACCCUUGCAACGUACCGCGCUGCAACCGCGUAGGCGACAAAGGCUUCACACGACGCGACCAUCUAGUCGAGCACCUCCGCAACUUCCACCACAUGGACAUUCCCAAGCGGAGACCAGGGGAGCGAAGCGCCUUCCCCUUUGGAUGGCCCGAAGGAGGUGGCGCGGGAGGAUCUCACCAGUGA